UUUUGAUAGAGAGAGUGCUAGGGUUGGAUAGAGCGAGUUCAAUCGUUCAUUACUAUCCCAAACCCAGAAAGUGCUGCUUCUGAAUUCAGUUUAAUUGCAUUUGUGUUUUUGUUUCUUCAAAAACCAAAUCAACCCCGAGGUGCAAAGAUAAGAAUCACAAAGCCGAAGGCAAAUUACGAUUACUUUGCCUUCACCAGACAGGAUGCAACUGGAUGAUGGUGAUGUGAGCAUUUAAUAGGCAAGGCCUUCCAUUUAAGAAGGAAGGAAAGAAAGAAAGAAAGAAAGAAAGAAAGAAAGAAAGAAAACCUUCCACACAAAUCAGUGAAAUCAUAUAUACAUUUGGUGAUUGUCAAAAAAAUAUAUACAUUUGGUGGAAAGAGAUACACAUGGCUGGUAUGUUACCUGGUGAUCCUUCACAUCAGGGAAUGUACGAAGGUGGGCCUUACAAUUUUUCUCAGGAAAAGCCAGAGGAUGGUGGCCGUUGGUAUUUCUCUAGGAAGGAAAUAGAAGAAAAUUCUCCAUCAAGACAAGAUGGCAUCGAUUUGAAGAAAGAGACUUAUAUACGCAAGUCAUACUGUACAUUCUUACAAGAUUUGGGCAUGAGGCUUAAAGUGCCUCAGGUAACAAUUGCUACUGCAAUAAUUUUCUGUCACCGUUUCUUCCUUCGUCAAUCCCAUGCAAAGAAUGAUAGGAGGACUAUUGCAACAGUGUGUAUGUUUCUUGCGGGAAAGGUUGAAGAAACUCCUCGCCCAUUAAAGGAUGUUAUACUUGUUUCUUACGAAAUUAUUCAUAAAAAAGAUCCUGCCGCAGUACAGAGGAUCAAGCAAAAGGAGGUAUAUGAACAACAAAAAGAACUAAUUUUACUGGGAGAGAGGAUUGUACUUGCAACUCUUGGUUUUGAUCUUAAUGUGCAUCAUCCAUAUAAACCCCUUGUUGAGGCAAUAAAGAAAUUCAAGGUUGCUCAAAAUGCCCUUGCUCAAGUUGCAUGGAAUUUUGUGAAUGAUGGGCUGCGGACAUCUCUUUGCUUGCAAUUUAAGCCACACCACAUUGCAGCAGGUGCCAUCUUCCUUGCUGCCAAGUUCCUCAAAGUUAAGCUCCCAUCUGACGGUGAGAAGGUUUGGUGGCAGGAGUUUGAUGUCACCCCACGCCAAUUGGAGGAGGUUAGCAAUCAAAUGUUAGAACUGUAUGAACAAAAUAGAGUACCGCCUUCUCAGGCAAGUGAAGCAGAAGGAAGUGCUGGGGCUGGGAUUAGUCUUCGGGCCCCUUCAAAACCUGCUACUGGCAAUGAGGAACAUGCAACAAAUAACAGUAAUUCUCAGGGCGGAGGUACUAUUUCAAAGCCUGGAACCUCGAAGCCAACAUCAUCUCGGCCGUUGCCUGAUCAUUCAUACGCUGAUAAUCAUGUUGGGCCUUCGAAAAGCACCCAAAAUUGGAAUAAUGACUAUGGGAGCACCGAGAUAAAGGGUAUUGCAGGCCACAAAGGAGAUGGUGAGGUCAAUCAACACCAUGAAUCAGAGCAAUCACUUUACCAGGAAAACAUGGAGGAAAUCCAAAACAGACCUAGGUUCGUUUCAGAAGGACAUGGCGAAGAAGAUCAAGAAAGGAAUGCUGCGAGAAGUGAUACAAGAGAAGCAGGGGAAGUGAAGGACAAAUACCAUGGUCGAAAUCUGGAAUACAGAGACGGUACACUUGGCCAAUCACCCCAAGAAGCUAUUAUUAAAAAGAUUGACAAAGACAAGGUAAAGGCAGCCCUAGAGAAACGAAGAAAGGCCCGUGGUGACCUAGCUCGGAAAACAGACUUGAUGGAUGAGGAUGAUCUCAUUGAGAGGGAACUGGAAGAUGGGAUUGAAUUGGCUGCUGACAGUGAGAAGAUCAAGCGGGAGAGGAGGCAGAGCUGGCCCAAAUCUUCAAGCUGGUCGGAUAAUGAGAAUACACAUCAUGGGAAGCAUCAAGAUGAUGGUGGAGAUGGACACCGCCAAGGAAUGAAAGGGCAGUUGUCACGAGGUCAAGGCUUUGAGAAUGUGGAAGAAGGGGAGGUGGCGGCAUUUGAGGAUGCUGGCCAUGCAUAUCGGUCACCGAAGUCUGGAAAUCGCAAGAGAAAGGUGGGGAGCCCACCGGACAGACCAAUGGAGGGGAAGCAGCGGCAUGAUUUCGUUCCUGGGUCCCACCAGCAUAAUCACCAUGAAUUUCCAGAAGAUAGAAACAGGUCAGCCAGACUCGGUGGUUAUUCAGAAAGGGAUCAAAAAAGGCACAUACAGGAAAAUCAUGUGUGAAUGGUGCCAGUGUUCAACAAUUAUGAGUAUGCUUUGAAUAUUUUAUUGAUUCGGCUGCCAACAGAAUGUAGCAGUAGGUGAUAAUUCUGUGGCUGGGACUACUCAGUAUGGACCAUGGAGGUCCAUUUUCAGGCUGAUAGUUUGGUCCAACUACUAGGGUGAACUUUCCCUAGCUGUGUUUUACGGUGAAAUUUGUAUGAAAGGAACUAGGGUGAUUAUAAACAAAGUUCAGUGGAUUUAUGGUAUUACCUGUGUUUUCUCUGUUUUGAUCUCUUUUAAUAUUUGGGACUUAUCAAGUCCAAGUCGAUGAUGAGGUAACGAUUAUGAUAGCUAGUUGAGGAAUUUUAAUGAUUUGAAUAGAGGAUACUGUUGAUAUUCUUCUCAGUUGUAUGUUGCCAGUCUAUUCUGAAAAUGUGUUUCAAUCAUGUUCUGUUGGAGAACUUAAUGUUAUUAUUGGACGAUUAUUUUCUCUGUCA